AUGUACACUAGAGAAGCCAAGGAGAAACCGCAACGCAAAACCGUCAUCAAGAUGGAUCCCAACUGCGCCAUAUGCAACGCCCCGGCUACGCUAGCAUGUGACUGUGAAGCCAAGGGGCUCGAAAUGGCUGUCCGCCAGGCCGAGGACCGCAUGAUGCGCUCCAUCUACUCCGAUAUCAGAUCCUGGGUGCGCGCCCAUGCCCAAGACUACGUACUCGAGUACUUUCGACUUCUCGCUGAGCGCCGAAAGAAUGCGCAUUCGGCACACCUCGACCAAAUAUCGGCCCAUGCGUUCUACCACUACAACGCUCCACCCCAUCCCAAUCAAAUCGCCGACGCCCAAGCUUUACUCAAGCGCGGCAUCGAUGAGGACUGGCAGGCGUCGGUUCAGCGUUACCCCGAAGUUCUUGAGUACUACUUUGGUCUAGUGGAGCUCACGCUCCCCGCCGACGACGAGCCAGCUGUAAAGGAUCCUCCUCUGAGUGCACUGAACGGUGGCAGUCGCAAAGCCAUAAGGAGAGCUGGCACCGAAGACGAGAGCUCCAGCAGCAGUCGUGCUGGUGGAAGUGGGCCCUUCCCGGCUGCGAGGGGCCCGCUACCGCCCGCCUUUGGUGAUAGGGACAUGACGGUAGACAGGCGGAACACGACUCGACGGGAUAGGAGACCGAUGACAUCCAGGGUAUCGCACCCUCCCGCACCAUUCUACGCUCCGUACCCCUAA